CGUGUUGUGUUCCGUCGCCGCAGCCGCCACCCCCCCCUCCCUCACGCCCAUCUCCUUCUUCUCCGUCUAGAAGAUGCCUCGCACCGUCGCACACGCACGCCAAGGCCCAACCACUGCAUAUAAAGCUCACCCUCCCUCCAGCUUCAUCUCCAUGCCCCAUAUUCUGCUCUGUUUUCACUCUGCUUCUCCCUCCUCAAGCUGCACACAGACGCGAGAGAUAGAUAGCUAGCUGAGCUUUGAUCGGACACGUUAAUGGAUCACAUGCACCACGGGCAUGAGAUGAUGAGGAGGCCCUCCUCGGGCCACGAGGCGGCGCUGCGGUCCGUCCAGAAGCCGCCGUCCAAGCCGUGGCGCACCGGCGCGCCGGCGCCGACGCCGCCCAAGGUGUACCGCGUGGAGCCCAGGGAGUUCCGGGACCUCGUGCAGAGGCUCACCGGCGCGCCCGCGGCCAGGCAGCAGCUGCAGCAGCGCGCGGCGUUGGCGCCAGCGCAGCCGGUGCCCGUGCGCGCCGGCGGCGAGGAGGUGGCAGGGCAGAUGUACACGGCGGCGCCGUGGCACUCGCUCUUCCCGCUCAUGGCCCCGGCGGCCCUGCACCCCGGGCUCGACGGCCACCAGCUCAUCUGACCACUGCUCAAGCCCUGAUGCUCUUGUACAUGUACAUCCUUCCUUUUUUACAGGACAAACAUAGCUAGCCCGCGCGUAAAUCUCAAAGGAUGGUAGAAACACACGAACUCUUUAGUCUUGUACUACUCCCUAAUAGUCUACUACUACUACGAGUUCAAGUGUAAUUCCUCCUUUUCCAAAACACAAUAGUAGUUACAAGCAUGCAGGUGUUCUUAUGGUUGCAGUACUCGUUUCACUGUUCAAUGAUGAAACUAA